UCCAAACACUAACAGAUUUUACUAUCAUCGUCCGUGUUGUAAUCCAUUUUUUUUUUAGCAUGCUCGGCGAAAAUAUUUUUUUUUAAAUUAAAAGUAGAAAAUAAAAAUCGACGUGCAUAACAUUUACAUUUUAUUAGUAUCGCGUCCGGUCACGUCAUAAAAUUUUAACCGAAAAUCACGAAACCAAACAGGGGAGACCCGCACGAUACGAUAACGUCUAUUACAUUAUAAUAACGAGUGUUCUCCGUAGCGUAGGCGCAGGUAAGUAAAACGAUAUCAAAUAUUUUGGCGGACGACGGAUAUACCAUUAAAACCGCCGCGGAAGUCCCAUGAACGGUCACCACCAGACGUACCAGCAGCACCAGCAGCUGCAGCACCGACACCACCACCAGCAACAGCGGCUACUUGAACAACACCAGCGUCUGCUGGACCAGCAGCAGCAGCAGCAGCAGCGACGUGUCGCGCAACAGUGCAGCCGACGUCCGCCUUCCACCGCCCAAGCCCCCGCCAACACCGCGGAAGUGUCGCCUGCCCGUGUCGUCCAUCACACUGCAGAGCCGCCACCUCCGGCGCAGCCGCCGCCGCCGCCGCCGUCGACGUCCAAACACCGACCGCGGAUCGUGCACCUCGACAGCGAGGACGCGCUGUCGGCGGCGCUGGCCGCCGACGGUUACCGGUUGGGCUCGACCGUCGGCCACGGGUCGUACAGCAAAGUCCGGUUGGCGUUCCGGACGGUGCCGGUUACGGCGUCCACGUCGUCCACGGCCCGGGUGGCGUGCAAGGUGAUCAACAAGCGGCGCGACCCCGGCUCGUCGUCGUACGUGCGAAAGUUCUUGCCCAGGGAACUGGAAGUGUUGCGCACGGUCCGGCACCCGAACGUGGUCAGAACGCACCGGAUAUACGUGACGCCGUACACCGUGCACGUGUUCAUGGACUACUGCGAGAAUGGCGACCUGCUCAGCCACCUGCAGCACGUCAAGAGCAUACCGCAGUGGCAAGCGCACACGUUCUUCAGGCAGAUAUGCGAGGCCGUGGAUUAUCUGCACCGAAAAAACAUCUCGCACCGGGACAUAAAAUGCGAAAACGUCCUGUUGGAAAGCAUGCGGACGGUCAAGUUGACCGAUUUCGGGUUCGCCAGGUUGUGCGCGGAUGAACGAGGCCGGAGACUGAUGAGCCAGACGUACUGCGGCAGCUCGUCAUAUGCGGCGCCCGAAGUGUUACAAGGCAUACCGUACGAUCCAAUUUCCUACGACAUGUGGGCACUGGGAGUUGUACUAUACGUGAUGCUAUCCGAUUCCAUGCCAUUCCCGCACUCUAACCGACAGCAGAUUGUGGCCAAUCAGAUCGCUAAAAAGUUCUCCAGGCCCAAGAAACCCGUGUCACGAGAAGCGUUGAAACUUAUCUCGAUUAUUUUAGAACCAGACGUUAAUAAAAGAGCUACAAUGAAUCAAGUAAAACAUCAUCCAUGGGUUAAACAGCAAAACCCAUAUCAUACUCAUUAAACUACCAAGGAAAUUCAUGAGUUCUACACGUUCAAUAAAUGUAUCGAAAUAGAACUAUAAAAGACAGAACUCGGGAAGUACUUAUUUAAAUUUCACAGCGAAAAAAAAUUUCUUUAAAAUUAAAUACUUAAAAGCUAACACAAGUAAAAACAAGCUCUUAUCUCAUACCUAUCUGAUUUCCAAGAUGUCCCAAUAUAAUAUUAAAUGUGUAGCAAUUAUAAUGUACCUACACUUUUAAUAAUAAACUUAAAUUUUUG